UUCUAUUUGAUUGCUAUCGCAUACCAUUAGUGUCCCUUUAAGCGGAACUGAUAAUAUUCACAUGUUUCGCACGGACUGCUUUUCCUGACGGGUUGUAGCAGGCGUGACGUAAUUGUGGAGGUCAAGGCAAAAGACUGGCAAAAUGGUAAAGAAAAAGCGACUGAGGCUUAUAGCCGAGAUGGCACGAAAGAUCCGGGCGUACCGGGAACUGAAGAAUCGGCCACGCGACUCUCAACGCUAUGCAUUAGACUACGAAACAAUGACACGGCCUUUCACUGGUAAAAUGCUGCCAGUGCUGGCUUGGCCAGAUGUGCGAAGAGAAACCCGACUUUUUACGCUACUUUCUGGCAUGCGAAUGUUUGGGGUGGGACGGAUCUUCACACGCAAGUCAUGGCUGGAUGAACAUACAGAGCCAUGUUAUUGGAAAAUAACAAAAGUCAAGGUGGAUUACACAGCAGAAAACAUGGACCAUGGAAAAGCAUGGGGCAUUCUAACAUUUAAGGGUAAAGAGGAGCCCACAGAACGUGAGGUGGAUAAGGUUAUGUACCACGACUGGCGUCUGGUUCCCAAAUAUGAAGAAGAGGCUUUUAAACGCUGUGAACCCGUCCCCGAGCCUCCUGUUCGUUACGUGAAUUACCCACCUCUCCUCCGUGCUAUGAUUCUUGCUCAGCAAGCGAAACAGUUGGGUGUGGCAGUAAGCACUAUCCCAGAGCCCUCUCUACCAUUGAAACGGGAUGUCCUGCUCAGUUAUGAGUAUUUUAGGAGUCAGGAAGAGAAGAAGAAGCAGGAGGGCACGCCUGUCUAAUCCUGAUGUCCAUUUUUAGGGGGGAAAGGUCAUGGUGAUGUCUGUUUAAUACCUUUGAAUGGCCACUGCUUACAAAAAACUGGUUUUAGUCAAUGCUAUAUUUUGUAAGAGGUUCAAUCCAUCACCCUGGAAAUAUGUUGCUUAUGAGGGGGAGAAGAUCUCAUUUGGAUGGAGUCAGACCCAAAAGAAAAACCCUCUGUGGAAAGACUUUUUUUCCCAUUAUCUCAUAAAAAAUGUAAUUUAUGUGUAAUGUUUGUUUUUGCAUUAUUUACAGCUAAAUAAAAAGUCGUUGAACUGA